AUGAAUGAGAAAGAGGAAAUAUACGAAAUUGUUUCUUCUCAUUUUCCAUGUGAGACAAUCAAAAAUAUUCGAUUACCAUCAAAAUUAGGUUGUGACAAUAUUAUUUAUUUCAUCGAAUUCUGUUCGGAUACUAUCAUUGUGUUUCGUAGAUCAUUAAAAAUUGAUUCAUCAAAAAUUUCAUCUGAAUUUAAAUUAAGUUCUGAUGGCAAUGGAAUGUCCUAUUUUCCUAUGCACCGACCUGAACACCAAGCAUGGGUGCUUGAAUUACUUAAAAAUGAACAAGUCUGUCCAAAGCUAUUAGCAUUGAAUUCCGAAAAAAAUUAUUUAAUCGAGAGUUAUAAAUCAGGUCAAGAUUGGAACGAAUUUUCACCUGAAAUAUGCAAAGAACUGGGUGAAUUUCUACAUGUGUUACAUUCAAUCGAGAUGAAAAAGUUCGGCUAUAUGAGUGAACAACCCGGUGUGGGGGUCUAUUCGUCAUGGUUGAAAAUGUUCGAAGCAGAUUUUCACAAUCUAACUGAAGAUCAGUAUCCGUUGAAAGAAAUUUAUUUAUCUAUGGUACCUUAUUUAACCGAAUUUAACAAUCCAGUUCUUGUUCAUGGUGAUAUUUCUUCAGAAAAUAUUCGUGUUCUAAAUGGACAUUUGAAUGGUGUCAUCGAUUAUGGUGAUUGUGUUUGUGGUGAUGGUCUCUACGAUAUAGGGCAAUUUUUGCUGUUUGCUAAAGCAGAAUGGAAAUAUGUUGAUGCAAUUGCGCAGGGUUAUAAAUUAUCGAGUGGCGCUAAAUCUUGGACAAAAAGCGAAAAGCAAUGCAUUCGAUUUUAUGCAUGUUAUUUCGCUCUGUGGCAAAAAUCAGACAAUGAUAUUGUGGAAAAAUUGCUGAUGCCCAUUACUGAUUGA